ACUUCUCUCUCCCUCUCUCUACUCUGGACAGGAUUUUGGAACGUAGUAAGGCCCGCGAACACAAAACGCGUGAGAGCCAAGAUUGCUGGCUGAAGUUCUGUCUCAUUCAGAUCGAGAGUAGUGAACACACCUUCUUUGCAUCUAGGGGUAAAAGACCUGGCAUGUGUGGUAAAGUUUAUCAGUUCCGAGAUUUUUAGCAACCAACAUCUUGGAAAAUAUACCACAAGUGAUCUUUACCAAGCAUAAGUCAGCAUCACAUGGCUUAUCAAUCGAAUCAAGACUCACUCUGAAUUCAUCCUUUUUCAGUGGGCUUGCUCGCCUGGCCCACGUGAAGUCUCUCGCUCAGCAGAAAGUAAUAAGGGAUGCCCAUUCAAUCAUAAGAUGCAUAGGAAAAUCCAGCGAAGUCUCUCAGGAUCGGGAUCCUCGGCCAUGGGCGUGAAAAACGGUACCACCUCGGCACAGUCGAUUCGACUUCGAAGUGGAAGUGCUGGGCAUCAAAGGGUGGCCAACGAAGAGGAUGAAAAUCAUGCUAUUCAAUUUUCUGCCAAUCCGAUCAUUAUCGAUCCGGCGGAUAUCAAGAUUGAAGAGACUCCACCUCCCGAAGACGACUUGAACGCGGAAGAAACCUUCGACUUUGAAGACGAUGAGCGUGGAGGUUGGGGCAAUAAAUUGGACUUUCUGUUUUCGUGCAUCUCGGUCAGUGUUGGCUUGGGCAACGUUUGGCGAUUCCCAUACUUAUGCUACAAGAAUGGGGGAGGCACGUUUCUCCUGAUCUAUUUCAUCGCCAUGUUUGCUUGUGGAAUUCCCAUUUUCUUUCAAGAGGUGGCAGCGGGUCAAUAUUUGGGUUCAGGGGGUUCCACUCUGGUUGGGCAAUUUGUUCCGAUCCUUAAAGGAGUUGGAUAUGCCACAAUGACGAUCGUUUUCUUCUUGGACAUAUACUACUGCAUCAUCAUUGCUUGGACCCUGUUCUAUCUAAUCAAUAGCUUUGUUUCCAUUCCUGACUUGCCUUGGGGAAGUUGUGGGAAUUGGUGGAAUAGUGACCGAUGCUUUGAUCCCGAACAUGACAACCCUAUUUACCCAAACGGAACACGAGUAAUGUUGAACAUGACAAAAUCACCCGUCGAAGAGUACUGGGAUCGUCGAGUUUUGAGGAUCACUGACAGCAUGGAAGAUCUCGGCGGCUUGAAUUGGGAAUUGUUAGGCACUCUGUUGCUUGGAUGGAUCAUUGUCUAUCUCAUCAUCUGUCGGGGUCUCCAUUCAUCGGGGAAGAUCAUCUGGUUCACGGCCUUGUUCCCCUAUUUCGUGAUGAGCAUUCUAUUGCUACGUUCGGUGACCUUGCCCGGUGCCGCCGUUGGUCUUUGGCGUUACAUAACUCCUGAUUGGUCCAAGUUGUCUGACUCCGAGACUUGGAUCGACAGCGCCACUCAGAUCUUCUUUGCCUACAGCAUUGGAACUGGGGCCCUUCCUGCCCUGGGAUCGUACAACAAGUUCCAUCACAAUUGCGUCAAAGAUGCUAUCAUAACAUGUUUCGUCAACACGGGAACAUGUCUCUUCGCUGGAUGUGUGACCUUCUCGAUUUUGGGUCACAUGGCUCAUAACCAAGGUGUCAACAUUGAGGACGUGGUCAAUUCAGGUCCAGGGUUGGUCUUUAUCACAUACCCGGAAGUUGUCCUCAAAUUGCCUGGAGGUCCAAUCUGGGCUGUGACGUUUUUCGUCAUGUUAGUGACAAUUGGUAUCGACAGCGAAUUCUGUAUCGUCGAGAGCCUGGUCACCGGUCUGGUGGACAUGUUCCCCGAAUAUUUGAGGCCCAGAAGGCGUGCCUUUACUUCGUGUAUUUGCCUUCUGCUCUUCUUUUUGGGCAUGCCCAUGGUCACCGAGGGUGGAGCCUUCAUCUUCCAGCUCAUGGAUUUCUACAGUGCCAGUGGGAUCCCGAUCUUAUGGUGCUGUUUCUUUCAAACCAUUGCCAUUGGGUGGAUCUUUGGCGCUCAAAAGUUUGCCAACUGCGUGGAACAAAUGACUGGUUACAAGCCUAGCAUGUAUUGGAUCAGCUCAUGGAGUGUCCUAGCACCAGCUGUGAUGGGGACUAUAUUCCUAUUCUACUGCUUCAUGUGGCAACCGGUCAAAUAUGGAAAGGUGGAGUACCCCAUGUACGCACACGUUUUUGGAUUCCUCAUGUCGGUGGCCUCGAUGUUAUGGAUUCCUGGUUAUGCCAUUUACUAUCUGCUUACUCAACGAGGCAGUUUUAAAGAUCGUUUGAUCAAAGGAAUCACUCCGGAUAUCAAAUCUUCUCGCGUGAAGGCCCCGGCCAAGAACACAUUACCCAAAGAGAUUCAAAUGUCCGAGUCUUCCGCGCGACUCCUCAAGAAUGCUUCCUUCCUCACCAACAAUACAAGCUCAUUUGCCAUCAAUAAUCCUUAACAGACAACCUCAGAAUCAUCAUCCCCUUCAAACAAUUUUUGUGCCAGACCUAGAGCAAGAAAGACAAAGGGAGAGAGAGAGAGGGAGGGAGAGAUUGGGGAAAAGAAAAAGAGCGCAUCCAGGUUGUACUCAAUGCAGCGAAAGAGUUGACUGGCCCUAAAAAAAAAGUUGGCCCACCUGGCCCUUGUUUCAUUGUGUUGUGAGCCUAAUCUUGGGCAGGAAAAAAAGAAGCAGCCCAAAGGCAGAUAUUUGCUUUCAAUUAGUAUCUCCAAGAGCUCUGGAAUUCAUUGCUAAUGCAUUGUAAGCAACUCCAGAGCUUCAAAUUGAGAAACUUAACAGACUAGGUCACUCACGUAUAUACAUAUAUUAAUGAAUAUAUUUUGAGUUAGUGUUUUAGAGAGAAUAUUUUGUCAGCGUGUUCUUAACUCCUACCCUGUUUAGACCAACCAAUGAAGUGACCUAAUAUUAUAUACCUAAAGUGCAACCCAUACCAAUAGCAACACACAUCCCAUCGUUGUAACGUUCCCCCUUGUGCUCAUUGCUAUCUAUGUAGUCUAACGGUGUUGAACUUAUAUUGGCUGAUCCUUGGUACGAAAUAAAUUUUGGCAAAUUUAAUGUUGCCAGAAGCAAA